UGAACUAAAUAUACUUAUUAUUAAAAUGAUUGGAAAAAGAGUUGUUAUUGUAUCUGGAAAGAGAACUCCUAUUGGAACCUUCAUGGGAGGACUAUCAAACAUCCCUGCACCACAGUUAGCCUCAACUGCUAUCAAGGGUGCCCUUUCCGCUAUUGAUUUAAAGACAAAGGAAGUCGACGAAGUUUUUAUCGGAAAUGUUAUCAGCGCAGGAAUUGGACAAGCUCCUUCUAGACAAGCUGCUCUCGGAGCUGGAUUCGACUACAGCACUCCCACUACAGAUAUCAAUAAGGUAUGUGCCUCUGGUAUGAAGAGUGUGAUGAUUGGUGCCCAAACCAUCGCCCUUGGGGAUAGAACGACUGUUGUUGCUGGAGGAAUGGAGAAUAUGUCAAAGAUUCCUCAUUACUCAUAUCUGAGAACUCCUACUACUUAUGCUCACGCUAGAUUAAUCGAUGGACUCAUGAAUGAUGGACUUACUGAUGCUUAUGACAACAUUGCUAUGGGUAACUGUGUCGAGAAGACUAACAGAGACUUCGGAUUCACUAGAGAGCAGCAGGACAAGUUUGCUAUCUCUUCAUAUGAGAAGGCAAGAAAGGCCCAAGAGGACGGCACCUUUGCUUGGGAAAUCGUCCCAGUUGAGGAAAAGACUAGAAGAGGAACAAAGGUUAUUGACAAGGAUGAGGAGUGUCAGAGAUUCAUGCCAGAUAAGUUAUCGCAACUUAGGCCAGCAUUCGAGAAGACUGGAUCUAUCACUGCUGCUAAUGCAUCAAAGAUUAAUGAUGGUGCUUCUGCACUAGUUCUCAUGGAAGAAGAGGCUGCUAAAGCUAGAGGAUUAAAGCCAUUAGCUAGAAUUAUUGGCUUUGAUGACUCUGCUUGUGCUCCAAUUGACUUCGCUAUUGCUCCAACUGGGGCCUGUAAAAGGAUCCUCAAGACCCACAAGAUGCAAGCAUCAGACAUUGACCUCCAUGAGAUUAAUGAAGCUUUUGCAUCAGUUGUGCUUGCCAAUGCUGAACUUCUUGGUCUAGAUAUGGAUAAAAUCAAUGUACAUGGAGGAGCUGUUGCUCUUGGACAUCCUAUUGGUACCAGUGGAAACAGAAUUAUCCUAUCUCUUAUCAAUGCUCUUAGAAGUCAAGAUAAAUCUGUUGGAAUGGCCUCCAUCUGUAACGGAGGUGGUGGAGCAUCUGCCAUCUUAAUCGAGAGGCUUGAUUAAUUUUAUGGGUAAGAAAUCAAGAUAUCAAA